AUGGAAACCCUCGACCUCGUGGUCAUCGGCGCAGGCAUCGCCGGAAUCUCCGCUGCAAAGACCUACCACCAGCUCAACAAUGGCAAGACUCUCGCCCUACUCGACGACAAAGAGAGCGUCGGCGGUGUUUGGGCCAAUAGCCGGCUCUACCCCGAGCUCCGAACAAACAACAUGCUUGGGACAUAUCAGUUCCCUGACUUUCCGAUGACCACCGAGCAAUUCGGUGUGAAGCCAGGAGACCACAUCCCAGGCGUUGUCGUGCACGAGUACCUGAAAGCCUAUGCUGAGAAGUUUGGCAUCGCGGAUAAAAUCCGCUUCCGUCAUAAGGUUGUGACUGCUGAACACCAGAAUGGACUGGACGGUGGUUGGACCCUGACAGUAGAGCAUGACGACGAGACGAGCAGGAUCUUUGCAAAGAAGCUCAUUGUCGCUACCGGGUUGACUUCUGAGCCGUUUUUGCCUCAUAUUGAUGGACAAGAGGAGUUUAGCGCGCCUUUGUUCCAUGGUGCUGAUUUCCUUCAGCAUGUCGAUACCCUCGAAACCACUCAUAAGGUGACGGUUUUCGGUGGGAGUAAAUCGGCUUGGGAUGCAGUCUAUGCGUACGGUAAGAAGGGUAUCCACGUGGACUGGGUGAUCCGAGAAAGCGGCCAUGGUGCUGUGUGGAUGGCACCACCCUACGUGACACCAUUGAAGAAGUGGCUAGAGAAGCUGGACACCCGCAUGCUCACCUGGUUCAGCCCUUGCAUCUGGGGCUUCGCCGACGGGUACAACACGCUCCGCAACUUUUACCACGGCACCGCCCUCGGCCGCGCCAUCACGAACGUCUUCUGGUCCGUCCUCGGCAACGACGUCAUCACGCUCAACAAAUACGACUCCCACCCCGAGCUCAAGAAGAUCAAGCCCUGGAGCCACCCCAUGUUCACCGCUUCGUCCUUUUCCAUUUACAAUUACCCCACCAGCUUCUGGGACCUUUUGACCAAAGGCACCGUCAAAGUUCACAUUGCAGACAUCACCGGCCUGUCCCACAAAACGGUCCACCUAUCCAACGGUACAGACCUUCCGGCUGAUGCCCUGUGCUGUGUGACUGGCUGGAAGCACGUACCACCGGUCAAGUUUCUCCCCGAGGGAAUCGACCUAGACAUUGGGCUGCCUCAUACACCAAGCAAGGCAAAGCUGUUCACCAAGGAAGCCGUCGAAAGGGCUGACAAGGAAAUUCUCGGUAAAUUUCCGCGAUUGAAGGAUCAGCCAGUUCAAAACCCUAACCUGAAGCCACUCCUUGGAACAAAGGGUCUGUCAACGACAGACAAGAUCAACCCUUCGACUCCUCUGACCCCAUGGACGCUGUACCGGUUUAUGGUGCCACCCUCAGCAAGGUUCAUGCAGACAAGAGACAUUGCCUUUGCGGGUAUCUGCAUGAACUUCAGCACCAUGAUCAUGGCGCAUAUCCAGGGGUUGUGGAUCUCGGCGUAUUUUGCUGACCAGCUGCCUGUGAGGACGAUUCCGCCGGUUGAUGGGAAGAGGGAUCGGGAAGGGAGGGCCAAGACGCUGGAAGAGGUUCAGCACGAGACGGUACUGCAUGCUCGGUUUGGCAAAUGGAGGUAUCCGGCCGGGAAGGGCGCGCUGCUGCCGGACUUUGUGUUUGACGCGGUGCCGUACUUGGAUUUGAUGGUGGGGGAUAUGGGUUUGAAAGUUCAUCGGAAGGCGGGGUGGUUAAAAGAGGCAACAGAGCCGUAUGGGCCGGAGGAUUAUGAGGAUCUCAUGUCGGAAUGGGUGCAGUCGGUCGAUGGGGAGUAG